AAUCCCAAUUGACAGAGAAUAUAAAAUGGUUUAUCUUGUCCCCCACCCCCCAAUUGUCUAUUUAUCUAUAUUUCGACUCAGCCUUGGCCUUCCCAAACAGUGGGGUCACCUUCAUUACUCUAUUCUCCUAAUUCAUCAGUUAUCAAUCAACUGUCCAAGAGAAACUCAAGAAGCUUUUUAGUCAUAAAUAUAACUAAAUUAGAAGGCUCUGAGCGCGCCGCCGCCGCCGUGGAAUGGAGAAAAUAGUGGUGGUGGUGGAGGAGGUGGAGGAGGUGGAGGUGGCGAUAACAGCCCUCAAAUGGGCGCUCCACAACAUCCUCCGCUGCGGCGACGUGGUCACACUCCUCCACGUGUAUCCAACGCAAAGAUCAAAGAGCAAGAAGAAGCUCCGACGACUUCGCCUCAAAGGCUUCCAAUUAGCUCUCUCAUUUAGAGAAAUCUGCAACGCCUUCCCCAACACCAAGACUGAGAUCGUUGUGACGGAAGGCGACGAGGAAGGGCGGAGAAUCGCCGCCGUCGUGAGGGAAAUCGGCGCCUCCACGCUCGUGGUGGGGCUUCAUGAUCGGAGCUUCCUCUACAGGUACAUAUCACUCCAAAACAAUAGCAUAAGGCAUUUGAACUGUAAGGUCCUCGCCAUCAAGGAACCAUCAACAAGUCUGACAUCUACAACUAUUUCUAUACAAGGGUGUUCAACUACGAUGGACUUGUCACAGAUUGAAAUAUCUGUACUUAGUGUCCCUGAUGUUCCUCCUCAGAAAAUUCCAUACCAAAUAUGUCCAGACCCGAAUGCUAUAAUUUGGAGAUCAAGGCCAACAAGAAAGUAAAAGAGGAGUCCAUCCACUUCAAGGCUUCCAAAUAGUGUUCCGAUUCAUGUUCUAACCUUAUCGGUACAUAGAUGUCAUUUUGAAAUCUACUAUAUCGUCUUCAAAUAUACUAUAUAGCUUCUACGAGGAGUAUGAAUAUACCAAUCAAAUACAAUUUGAAUAA